CUUACUCCCACAGAUUGCGAAAUCCAGAGCGAACGCAGAGGGGCGCAUCGCAUCAGUAUCAUUGCACAAGGACCAGUGCUGACCGCCAUUCAAACCUGAACUGAUUGGGGAGAUAUUAGGAUCCGGCUGUGCCCGCUAGCGAUCAUAGAAGUCAAAGGGCGAAUACGAACACCACUCUUUGUCCUGGGCCUGAGACCACAACGAGGACCUCGCCAUGAUUGCAAUCGGCCUCGAAGGCUCGGCCAACAAAAUCGGCGUAGGUGUUAUCUUACACCCAGCCAAAGGCAAAGGCUCUCCCCAAAUCCUCGCCAACAUCCGUCACACAUACGUCUCCCCUCCGGGCGAGGGCUUCCUCCCCAAAGACACAGCCAUUCACCACCGUUCACAUGUCACGUCACUCGUCAAGCGGUCAAUCGAAGAAGCGGGCAUCAAGAUCGCCGAUGUUGAUUGCAUAUGCUAUACCAAAGGCCCUGGCAUGGGCGCGCCCCUCCAAGCUGUCGCUCUUGCUGCGCGUACCCUUUCACUCCUCUGGCAAAAACCCCUAGUCGGCGUAAACCACUGCGUCGGCCACAUCGAAAUGGGCCGGUCCAUCACAAGGGCCUCCAACCCCGUCGUCCUAUACGUCUCGGGCGGAAACACACAGGUCAUCGCCUACACUGCCCAGCGGUACCGCAUCUUCGGCGAGACCCUCGACAUCGCGGUAGGGAACUGCCUCGACCGGUUCGCUCGCACACUCAACAUCUCGAACGACCCCGCGCCGGGGUAUAAUAUCGAACAACUCGCCAAGCGCGGCAAAGUCCUUCUCGAUCUACCCUACGCCGUCAAAGGGAUGGAUUGCUCCUUCUCCGGAAUCCUGGCGCGUGUGGACGAGCUGGCGGCACAAAUGAAGGCCGGAACACUAAAAGAUCCUACGACUGGCAAUCCCGUUACGCCCGAAGAUCUGUGCUUCAGUCUGCAAGAGACCGUGUUCGCAAUGCUCGUUGAGAUCACUGAACGGGCUAUGGCGCAUGUGGGCUCGAACCAGGUCUUGAUUGUCGGCGGCGUAGGGUGCAACGAGCGCGUACAGGAGAUGAUGGGUAUAAUGGCCAGGGAUCGUGGUGGGAGUGUAUACGCCACGGACGAGCGGUUCUGUAUUGACAACGGCAUUAUGAUCGCGCAUGCAGGACUGCUGGCGUAUGAGACUGGUUUUCAAACACCGCUUGAAGAGAGUACAUGCACGCAACGAUUUCGGACGGAUGAUGUGCAUGUUGCGUGGAGAGAUGAUUGAUUUGAUUUGGGUUGGACCAUGAAGGGGUAUACUAUGCUGCUCUAGCCAGCAUCCCGGUGAACGGAUCCUUCCAUCGCCGGUCCCGCACUGGCUGGGCCGCCAACCCGUUCAGUAAUAAUAUCGUUAAGCCCGAAAGAUACCUAACACCCCGCUUCGAAAGAAAAAGGUCACCGGCUUUGCUAAGCAGAAUAGUCUGUCGAGUUCGGACUGCCGGCUUUAUUGAGCAGGUUGUUGAAACCGAGGCACUGGCUUGAAAGAUAUCGUGGUCACAUACUUCGAAAGUUCAGCUACAUCACGACAUCAGAGUGGACAUUACGUACCUUUUUCUUAUACCGGGUGGUCACACUGGUUGCCAAAACUCCAUUCUUCACACUACUGGUCAUGAGAUGAUUCAGCACGGUGUGGUUCGGCAAUGUCAAGACGCUGUUAUCAUCUUUGACUGGCAGAAUCCCGUUGAGAAUCGACCUGUUGAGGAAAAGCGGCAAAGCUGGUGGCUGAGGAGCUUCUUGAAUGAGCUUGACUGCAUUAUUAUAUUCGUCGGUGUCUUCGGGCAUAUCGACAUCGACCAAGCAUUGGGGAAUCAGCUGGCGGUAGUCGCCAGGGGGAAUCUCUUCGGCUUGCGGUUCUUCCAUCUCGGAAUCGACUGGUGUUUGUACCCCUGAGUGGCCUUGUUCUUGCUCUUCGGGAGUAAGAGCCGUCGCUCUGGUGCCUGGUUGGGCACUUUCUCGUCUCGGCUUUGCAAGGUCCUCGGUCGCGAUUUCGAUGUAGUUGACGAGGAAAUUGUUGAAGUCGACGGCCGUCGGCAAGUCAGGGCUAGUAACCAUCUCACCAUCGACCACGAACUUGAGGUGGUGAGUGCCGGAGGGCAGGUUUAUUAUCGUGAACAUGCCGGGAGCAUUCUUUCUGGAAGGAGUGUUAGUACGGGAACUCUUGUACCAUUCAAGGACUCUCAUGAUCGUCCUCGUUCUGUGGGGUUUCUCCCGGGUUGGAUUUGGCUUGGGUGACAUGAAAAUGCGACGUAUCCCAUAUAGCACAAAGAGAUGAAACAUGGCGCACAAAC